UUUUUUUGAAAAUUAGCGAUAACGAACACUCAGAUGGUGACUCCGUUCUCUUUUUAGCUUAUCCAACCCCCGAAAAUCCACCAAACUUGCGCCGAUAUAGCAGAUACUUUGAUUUUUCUCCUUCCCGUUCCACUCACAGUGGACAAACUCAAAGAGCUUCUCAGGCGAAGCAAUGGCGGUGCCUCUCUUCAACCUCGCCCCCAAUCUUACGGUUUCAAAGCUGUGCUUUGGGACGAUGACUUUCGGCGAGCAAAACACGUUUCCGGAGUCGUCUGGGUUCCUCGACCAAGCUUUCCAGGCCGGCAUCAAUUUCUUCGACUCUGCAGAAAUGUAUCCAGUGGUUCAGCGAGCCCAGACCCAGGGGAGGAGCGAGGAGUACCUUGGCCGUUGGAUUAGAGAGCGCAGAGUUCCUCGAAACAGCGUCGUUUUGGCCACCAAGGUUACGGGACCGUCUGGGCAGAUGACUUGGAUACGAGAUGGCCCCAAGUGUUUGAAUGCUAAGAAUAUCACCGAGGCCAUUGACGGCAGCUUAAGGCGAUUGCAGACAGAUUACAUUGAUCUUUAUCAGAUUCAUUGGCCUGAUCGCUAUGUUCCCAUGUUUGGAGAGAUUGAGUAUGAUCCAACCCGACAGUUUUGUUCGAUUCCUAUAGACGAACAACUUGAUGCUCUUGGAAGAGCUGUUGAUUCUGGUAAGAUUAGAUAUGUUGGUCUCAGUAACGAAACACCAUAUGGGGUGAUGAAGUUUGUUCAGGUAGCUGAAAGGGGUACUCGCCAUCCAAAGAUUGUCUCUGUGCAGAACUCAUACAGCUUGCUCUGUCGAACUUUUGAUUUUGGGUUGGCUGAAUGCUGUCAUCAUGAGAGGAUCAGUUUAUUAGCCUACAGCCCCCUUGCAAUGGGUAUACUCUCUGGGAAGUAUUUUUUGCCUGAUGGGGGUCCUGCAGAUGCUCGGUUGAAUCUUUUUAGAGGUAAAUAUUCGGAAGGGGAAUCCAGAUACAACCUGUCUGAUCACAUCAUAAGAGCAGCGGCCAUGGAAUACAUUGAUAUUGCAGGGAAGUACAGUGUUCACCCGGUAUCUCUUGCAAUAGCUUUUGUUUUGAGCCACCCCCUUGUUGCGAGUGUUGUGUUUGGAGCAACCAAGUCAUGGCAACUGCAGGAGGUUCUAGAUGGAUGCAAGGUCGAGUUGACACCUGAAGUAAUUACAGAAAUCAACAAGAUUCAUGAAAGGUUUCCUAAUCCAUGCCCCUGAUCAAAAUUCAAGCAAAUUCUAUUUCUCCGUCGUUUGAAUUAUUGUCGGAAUGUCUGAAAUGGAUUCGCAUCUCAUCUCUGGUAUAUGUAUUAUAUGUAAAUUCGUUGAAUUGAUAGUUAAUGAUGGAGGAUAUUGGUCUAGAAAGUUGCUCAGAAUCUUGUAGGAUUUUUGUCUGUCUAGAUAUGAUGGUGAUUCCUCCUUCCAAGCAUCCUGUAACUUAAAUGCGCUUCUCAUGCCAAAAAGUGGGGCCUCAUCUACAUUCAUUCUGCUAACUUUCCUUCAAUUUUGGGGCCAUCCCGGUCUUUUGUCGUGACGGGCGUUGACCGCUGUGAACUAUGUAGUUCAGCAUUGUGUUGUUAGCUUUUGAGCUACUUGUUGCAGAAUGUUGAACAAGAACCCGGCGUGUUAAAAAAAGUAUUGGUAAAGUCUUUACGUUGUUACAUACAUUAUACGUAUAUACAUGUAUGGGCGGAUAUCUAAACGACAAUACUUUUUUGUCUUUCUAGAAGACCAAAAUGUACCCAAAAUUUGGCUUAACAUUUCUGGUAGGUUUUUAUGUUUUGUGUUAUGGA